AUGAGUCAAAUUAAAAGAUCAUUAAGCUUUAAUCAAUCAUCGAACAAAAAAACAAAGAAAUUGCAAAAUAAACCUAAUCGAUUAAUAAUUUCUAUCGAAAAUUUGUCCGAUGAAUUGUUUUAUGAAAUAUUUGAGUAUCUUGAUGGUGGUGAAAUUCAUCAAGCAUUUUCAAAUCUUAAUCAUCGUUUUCAACAACUUCUCAAUUCUUCAUCACUUCUACUUAAACUUCAAUUGCAAUAUACACCAGCAGGAAAAACAUUGAUGAAUAACUAUCAACCAAUCGGUGUCAACAGACAUCAAAUAUUUUCCAUUUAUUCAUGGAAGCCAUCAAUAGGCAGUUAUUUUUUCUCGUCAUUUACCGCUGGUUUGUUUCUUGAUCGUCUCGAGUCUCUUGUUCUUGAAACUGUUGACCCAAGUGUACUCAUAUCAAUUCUUGACAAAUUAAAAUUUCUUCCUCGUCUUUUCUCGUUAACUAUCACGCAUUCAAAUGAUCUAAUAGAUCUAACUGAUAUUUAUCGAAUCAUUCUCUCUUUACCAGUAUUAAAAUAUUACAAAUUCAUGACAAACAAACCAUAUUUAUCCGUUUUAUUAUCAAUGGCUACCAAUGAACAAUUCAAUACUAUUGAACAUCUUGUUAUUGAUCAUCAUUGUACUUUUGAAGAACUUUCUAUGAUAACAUCCUAUACACCUGAACUUCGACGUUUGUGUUUUAUGAAUGAAGUGGAGUCUGAUGAUUUAAAAACUGAAAUUAUUUUACCAAUCAAAUUAUCAAAUUUGACACAUCUUUCUAUACGGGAUUAUUAUAAAAAAUUUGAUGAAUUUGAAAUGUUUAUUAGUAAAUUACACUCAAAAUUAAAAGUUUUAUCUUUUACAACUCAAUCCCUCAAUAUCGCUUAUCUUGAUUCUUAUCGAUGGGAAGAAUUUAUUUUAAAAUAUUUACCUCAAUUAGAAAAAUUUUGUUUACAAUAUUGUGAACGAAUUGAUAAUAAAUAUAAAUAUCCAAUAUACUCUGGAGGACCAAAUCAAUUCUUUUCAUCAUUUUGGAUCGAACGACAAUGGAUAAUGGAAGCUGAAAUUGCUGGUGAAUAUAUUACGCAUGUAGUUCGUCCAUACAGAAAAAGAUGGCAUGAAUACAUUCCAGAUAAGAUGAUCUAUUCUUCUGCUGGAUUUUGUAAAUCUACUCAAUUGACUCUCACAUAUAUUUCUUCUGAUGCACAUGAUGAACUAAUUAAUAUACAUUGUAGACGUGUUUUAAGUGCAGCACAAAUUUACCAUUUGGAAAUUUCUGACGAAAAGACCUUUAUUGGUACGUUAAUCCAAAUUAUCAAAUUAUUACCGGAGCUUGAUUCAUUAAAAAUUCGUUCUUUAUCAUUUGAUCAACCAAAAAGUUUAUCUGCUGAAGAACUCGUUAUUCUUUGUUCGAUAGCAAAUACAUGUAAAAUUACAAAAGUUUAUCUCGAGAAGAUGGUUGGAAUUGGAGAAGUUUAUUUACUUAUGACACUUUGUCCUUAUAUGUUAUAUCUCAAAGUGGGUUUUAUCAAUAAUAUAAAUGUUGAAUUAUUUUUACGAAAUAUUUUGGAAAAAAUUAAUCAUGAGCGUAAUAAUUAUCUUCGUUCAUUGUGCUUUCAUAUUCCAACAGCAGAAGAUAAAAUGAUUAAAAAAUUAGAAAAAAUGAUUAAUAUUAAGAAACUACUAUUGGAUUUUAUAAUUGAACGUGUACUUGAUAAUAUUUAUUUGAAAUGGACGUGA